AUGGUGAGACAAUCUCGUGCAGAUAUCUCCGAGCUUCUCUGCCAUGGCCGCCUCAAAGCAGCUCUCCACAGAGCCGAGCAAAUCCUCGUGGACGAACGUAGAUUAUCUGCAUAUGAUCGGAUCGAAAGUUACUGCACAUAUAUUUUGCAGAAUUUCUCUCAUUUACAACAGCAAAGUGAUAUUCAUCUUUUGCCCGAUGAAAUGAAAGAAACAAUAGCCGGUUUGAUCUUAGCCGCAUCAAGGAUUGGGGAACUCAUAGAGCUCCAGCCAAUAAGGAGCUUGUUCAGACAAAGAUUUGGCUCCGAGUUUGACAAGAACAACGUUGAGUUAUGUCCCGAAAACAUGGUUGAUUCCGAGAUAAAGAGGAUUCUUGAGGAGAAAACAACAAUGCCAACCGACACAACUCCAGAAGCGCUGAUGGAAAUAGCUCAAAGUAAUCAAACCGAUUCAUCUGAUGGAUCACCCGUUGAUUCUAAUGACAGUACUGAUCAGAAUGUGAAGAAGAUUGAUAAGAUCCAAAAGUUGAAAACGAUAGUUCACAGAAUGGUAGAGAAGAAGAGGAAGAAGCCGAAGAAUGAGAAUUCACAGCAGGUGCAUACGAAUCUGCGCUUCAAAAUCGAUUAG